ACCUUAUAUACUUGUUGAAUUAGAAAUUGACGCAGUUUAGCUUUUUUGAAGCAGGACUGGGCUUCAGGAAAUCGAAGUCCAUUCUCUGCUUAUAUUUUAGGAUUUCGAGGCGUCUUAUUUUUUCUUAAGGGUUCAUUUGAUCCUGUAAUUUGAUUAAGCGAUUUGAAAUGGCGGGCAAAGGUGAGGGUCCUGCGAUCGGUAUAGAUCUGGGUACAACGUAUUCGUGUGUGGGCGUGUGGCAGCACGAUAGGGUUGAGAUCAUAGCAAAUGACCAGGGCAACAGGACUACGCCUUCGUAUGUUGCUUUUACUGAUACUGAGCGCCUCAUUGGAGAUGCGGCCAAGAAUCAGGUGGCCAUGAAUCCUACCAAUACCGUUUUCGACGCCAAGAGGUUGAUUGGAAGGCGCUUUACUGAUCCUUCCGUUCAGAGUGAUAUAAAGCUGUGGCCCUUUAAGGUCUACGCAGGACCCGCCGAAAAGCCAAUGAUCAGUGUGAACUACAAGGGUGAGGAAAAGCAUUUUUCUGCAGAAGAGAUUUCAUCGAUGGUUUUGAUGAAGAUGAAGGAAAUUGCUGAGGCUUAUCUAGGGUCAACAAUUAAAAAUGCUGUUGUCACUGUGCCUGCUUAUUUCAAUGAUUCCCAGAGACAGGCUACCAAGGAUGCAGGUGUCAUCUCUGGUAUGAAUGUUAUGAGAAUCAUUAAUGAGCCAACUGCUGCUGCCAUCGCUUAUGGCUUAGAUAAAAAAGCCACAAGUGUGGGUGAGAAAAAUGUGUUGAUUUUUGAUUUAGGCGGGGGUACUUUUGAUGUUUCUCUUUUGACAAUCGAAGAAGGUAUUUUUGAAGUCAAGGCCACUGCUGGAGACACCCAUUUGGGUGGAGAAGAUUUUGACAAUAGGAUGGUUAAUCACUUUGUUCAGGAAUUCAAGAGAAAGUAUAAGAAGGAUAUCUCUGGCAACGCAAGGGCUUUGAGAAGAUUGAGAACUUCGUGUGAGAGGGCAAAGAGAACCCUUUCAUCCACUGCCCAGACGACCAUUGAGAUUGAUUCUUUAUAUGAAGGUAUCGACUUCUAUUCAACCAUAACCCGUGCCAGGUUUGAGGAAUUGAACAUGGAUCUCUUCAGAAAGUGUAUGGAACCUGUGGAGAAAUGUUUGAGGGAUGCCAAGAUGGACAAGAGCACAAUUCACGAUGUUGUCCUCGUCGGGGGCUCAACUAGAAUUCCCAAGGUUCAGCAGCUGUUGCAGGACUUCUUUAACGGGAAGGAGCUGUGCAAAAGUAUCAAUCCUGACGAGGCCGUUGCAUAUGGAGCUGCAGUGCAAGCUGCAAUUCUGAGCGGAGAAGGCAAUGAGAAGGUGCAAGAUUUGUUGCUGCUUGACGUCACUCCUCUUUCUCUUGGUCUGGAAACUGCUGGAGGUGUUAUGACUGUCCUCAUUCCAAGGAACACCACAAUUCCCACAAAGAAGGAACAAGUCUUCUCUACAUACUCAGACAAUCAGCCUGGUGUGCUUAUCCAGGUAUACGAGGGAGAGAGAACUCGAACUCGCGAUAACAAUCUGUUGGGCAAGUUUGAACUCUCUGGAAUCCCUCCUGCCCCUAGGGGUGUUCCUCAAAUCACUGUUUGCUUCGACAUUGAUGCCAAUGGUAUUCUGAAUGUGUCAGCCGAGGACAAGACUACUGGUCAGAAGAACAAGAUCACUAUCACCAAUGAUAAGGGUAGGUUAAGUAAGGAGGAAAUUGAGAAGAUGGUUCAGGAUGCAGAGAAAUAUAAAUCCGAGGAUGAGGAGCAUAAGAAAAAGGUUGAGUCCAAAAACUCGUUAGAAAAUUAUGCAUACAACAUGAGAAAUACUAUAAAGGACGACAAGAUUGCAGCCAAGCUGGAUGCAUCGGACAAGAAGAAGAUUGAAGAUGCCAUUGAGCAGGCCAUUCAGUGGCUCGAUAAUAACCAGCUUGCUGAAUCUGACGAGUUUGAGGACAAGAUGAAAGAGCUUGAGAGCAUUUGUAACCCCAUCAUUGCAAAGAUGUACCAGGGUGCGGGUGGUGAAAUGCCUGGUGGUGGUUUUGGCGCUCCCGAGGAUGGUCCUUCAACCGGUGGAGGCCCAGGUCCUAAGAUCGAGGAAGUCGAUUAAGUUUUUUACUUGUUAUUAUUUUCGUAUGUUUAUAAUUUCUGGGCCAGAACAGUUUAGAAAGGGAUUUCCCUUUCUCAUAUGUAGUAGUAAUGUUGUUUUGAUUUCAAGUGACAUUUAUUAUAUCGAAUAGGCGGGGUAGAUCUGAACUUUAAUGGUCUGCCUUUAGCCUCAUUUUUGAAAGUUC